AUGUCACAUCCUGUCACAUCUCGUCACCUCCCGUCACAGCCCAUCCUGUCUGCAUUAGCUUUGGUUCCUGCGUCUGCCCUGAAUGCUGACCAUUAUCCUUAUGGUUCUGUGCAAGAAUGUGGCAUCCCACGGAUCCGAGACAAUGAGGGGAGAAUUACAAAACCGGAGAUCACUUUGGCCGAGUCCCGGGGAGCAGUUGUCCAGCGGGUGCUCAUGUGGUACGAGGGGCCACCACCACCGUUUACGCCAUCUACGCCGUUUGGACCAUGCACACCAUGCACACCAUGCACACCGUUUAUACGGUUCAGACUGCUGGGCGCGAGCGGGCACCGCCGACGGUUCGCUUUGCUAUGCAGUUUUUGCUGCCAGGGCAAUAGACGCGAGCCCCGCUUUGUACAGGCAUUCUGGGUGAUUUGCGAUUCGCGGGGCGCGGCGGGGGCACAGGGAACGAGACCCCGCUGGUGCGGGUUAGCCGCCAAGGUAUUUUUAGCAAGUGGGGCGGGCGCGAGAAUGGCGGCCGGCCGAAACGCAAGGCCAGUGGGUGGUCAUCUCACACGGCGCGGGCUGCGCGAUUUAGUGCGCGGACGCUGCUGA